UUUGUUCAGAUGCUCGACAAGCUGCGAGACCGAUGGAUCAACACAGGUCUCUGGGAGAAGCUCGAACAAUGUAAAGCUGUGAUCACAGAGCCCCGCGGCGGUGGCAAGGGGAAUUUUGAUGAACUGCUGCAGACAUACUACGAUGCCAUCAAGUACUGCGUGGAAAGAGAUGGUGCACUGCUAAUCGCGGUCUGUAGAGGUAAAGUGAGUGAAGGACUAGACUUCACUGAUGACAAUGCCAGGGCUGUGGUCACUAUUGGAAUUCCCUUCCCAAACAUCAAAGAUCUCCAAGUGGAAUUGAAGAUGAAGUACAAUGACCAACACUGCAAAUCCAGAGGUCUUCUCCCAGGCUCUCGCUGGUACGAGAUUCAGGCCUACAGAGCUUUGAACCAGGCCCUGGGAAGGUGUAUCCGCCACAAGAAUGACUGGGGUGCCUUAAUUCUAGUGGAUGACCGUUUCCGGAAUAAUCCCAAUAAGUACAUCACAGGUCUGUCUAAAUGGGUUCGCCAGCUUGUCCAGCAUCACGACAACUUCGGCAAUGCCAUGCAGUCUCUGGUAGCGUUCUCUGAGGUUCAACAGAAAGCGUUGGUGGCUCUGGCAGCCAGUCAGAGUCUCAGCUCUACUGCCUCAUCUCCAAAAAGCCUCUUGUCAGUAACUCUUGAGAAUGAGAGCCCACCAAAAGCCACAGAACAUCAGACACCAAGCUCAUGUGUCAAACCACCUGUACCCAAGCUUGACACAAGCCCAACAAGCGUCCAUUUAUUUUCUCGUACACAGUUGAAAGCUGAACAACAAGAAAAAGCAGAACGGUUGAAUACGAUGCACAGUACCCCAGCGGAGCCCUUACAUCAAAAAAGAAACACAGAUCCGCCUCUGUACAACAUUUUCAGCCCCGCCAGCACCUGCUUCAGGAAGCCAAUCUUCAAAGAAAAAGCAGUAUGUAAUUCCAGCCAGCUCUUUGAAACAUCUACGGAUUCAGAGCACAAGGAGAAGCAGCCGAUCUCGUCUCCACAAAAGCCAACUUUUCUUAAGCAAGAGAGUGGAGAUGGUUCCGGUGGAAUCAAAUUGGAAGCACACAAUCAGCUUUUGGAGCCUUCUCCACCUUCCACCUGUAAAAGUGAACUGCCCUCAGUAGACAGUACAGAUGAAAAGGAAGAGGACCAAACCGUGUUCUUCACUCCAGAACUUUUCGAGGGUGAAGGCAGCCCACAAGAAGAGGCCAACGGCAAGUCACCUCCCAGGAUGGCUGGAGUGGGGGAGAGUCCUGCCCCCCUGUCAGAAGAACUUUUUGGCUCUGAGCAAGCCCGAGGGCAAGCCCGAGCCUCUGCUUUUGAUAGACAGAGUUCUAUUUCAGUCAGUAUGGACAGCACAGAGCUGUCACAGGGACAGGAUGGAGAAAUUAUAGGACAGAACCAAGGUGAAGAAACAGAGCAGGUGGACACCCAGAGCAGGCAGACAGAAAGUCAGCUUCGCAGGUUGUCCAGGUCCAAGCAGAAAGCUCCCCCCACUACAACAGGUGGAGCCAAGAGUGUAGGGAGUGCCAGUCUUCAGCAGAUUGGGACCAGAAGCAGCCAGAGGAGGACUAACAAGGUCAGGACAGAUCAGGAGGUAAAGGUGGUGAUUGGGGGUUUGAAGAGCAGAACAUUCAGAGCCAAACCCGUCAGAGGGUACCGCUCAAAGAAAGAGAAGGUUAAAGAGAGCUCUUAUCAGGAUCAUUUUUUGCCAGAGGCUCAGGAUGAUGGCUGCAUUUCUGAGUCAGGAAAGUCCUUUUUGGGUGUUAGGGAGAACAAAACUCUCAAAAAAGUACCUAUUACACCUGGUAGUUCCACAUGGACUGAGUUCGACAUUGUGACCCCCCAACAAGAAGACAUGAAGAUUAUAAAAGAAGCUCAAGCAGCUGGAUGUAGUGCUACUCGUCCAGCUGAGCAAUGCACAGGAAGUGAGCCAACCAAACCAAAAGCUAUAAAAGUACAGAGAUCUUGCAAGCAGAAGAGCAGGAGAUUUACAAAGACCUUUCCAAAAAUACAUAGAGCCAAAGACCACAAGCCCUGCUCUCUGGGACUCUACUGUUCUAUAUGUGAGAAGGAACUACUUCCUGUGGCACAUGGUGCACUACGACGUGCUGUUUGUGAAUCUGAACAUUUAGGUUUUCUGAGAAACGACAGAUUUAGUUCUGGAAAAACACCCCGUCUCUGCCAGUGUGCAACAAAUCAGCAAUCACUUUCAGACAACUCACUGCUAGUAGUCCAAAGUGUCCCAUCAUUGAAGGCCCUAAGGACUGCUCUCCAACCCUACUGUGAUAAGACUUUAACUGCGUAUAAUGCCAUCUGGAAUACUGAGAAGGGCUCUGUAACCAGAUUUCUUCAGUGCAAAGGCUGUUUGUCCCAAAGCCUAGUGCUGUCAGGAGCUUUAAUCGCAGCAGAUAUCCACUGCCCUCGUGACAUGGCUCAAGAUCAGAGAAAUGCAAGUGGCAGCCAACAGCGUGAGUCUUUGCUGGUGCUGUGUGAGAAGAAAAUGGCUCAUUGUGAGAAGGGUAUGCUGAUGUGA